UUCUGCAUGCGGCAACCGUCGGGCAGCGGCGCUGGGAUGACUUCGCUCUCUCCUCUAACUUGGACUAACCGCGGUUAAGAGGUGAAAUCUCAGCGGAACGUGUUCGACAGGAGGACAAACAUGGCGGCCAUUCUGACCUUCAUUGUCACCGCCUGUCUCAUCUCACAGUACUGCACUGCAGAUGUAAAUGAGUGUCUGACCAACAAUGGCCAGUGUGACCACACCUGCACCAACACUAGAGGAAGUUUCACAUGUACCUGUGAUACCAACUUCCUACUAGGGCCGGAUAUGAGAACCUGCAUUGACCAGACAGCACCCAUUAAUAUUGAACUACAGGAAUCGGAUAUAAAUUGUAUUAUUUCUUGGGACCCCCCACCACUACCUGGUCUCCAAAUUCAAGAGUACCAAGUGACUGCUAAAGCCAAGCUACCUGUCCAAGAUGACAAUGUUCAUGAAAAUGAGUUGGAUACUGUCACCAGAAACUCAACCCUGUUGACACUUCGGGCAGAAAUUUUCCAGAAGUCUUCUGUUUCACCUGUAGUUAUGAGGCUGCUAAAGCCCAACUCUGUCUACCCAUUCCGAGUCCGGGCCAGGUCACAGCAUGGCUGGGGUGGUUACAGUAAAGAGGUCAACUGCACAGUACCACCACUGGCAGUUGUCCCUCUGGCAAGUGCUCCAGAAAGAAAUAGUGAACAGGCUACAGGUGACCGAACCAUCCCUGUGUGGCUGUAUGGAGCUCAAACACGAUACGGAUCUGUGGGGUGCUACCAGGUUGUAGUCGUUGAGCUGAAAAAUGGAAUGACAACUGAUGACCUUCCACAGCCACAAGAUCUGGAAGUGUUCAACAAUUACAGCCAGGCUAAUGCCUCUGGAAAAAAUUACAAGGCCUAUGUAGCUGCUGCACAUCCUGGAGACACUGUGGGCAGGCGGAAGACAGUCACACUUGGAGAUGGGCGGCAGACCAGCUGCCAGCCUCCCCCAACAGCCUCGGGAUCAAGGGUCAGACGUGCGCUGACCAAUCAGGACGUGUUUGGCACCACCUUCACCAACAACCCUCUCAACCCAAGCACACCCUACACCAUGACUGCCAGGGCAUUCUCACCUCAAGGCAACCAACCGCCAACCUACUCCUCCAGUGCCUACAUGGCCCCCGUGACAACAGCACCCCUUGCUGGUUCGAGUUCUACAGGAACUAGCAUUUUUCAAUCAACAGCGGGCAAGAUCGCUGCAGGGCUUAUUGGUGGAGCCCUGUUCCUCUGUGCACUCAUACCACUGCUGUACUUCUGCUGGAAGAAAUGCGGAGGUGGUAGGAAGAAAGCCUCAUUUGAUGUGGAGGGAAGAAUGCAGGGCAAAGGGGGAGUCUCUGGCAGGGCAGAUGUUCCAGGUGUUUCAGCCAGGGCCAAUGUUCCAGGUGUUUCAGGCGCAGCUGCUAUUCCAGGUGUUUCAGGCAGGGUUGAUGCCCCAGGUGUGCAGUCGUCGGCAGGGCUAUCUCUCCAUCCUGGCUCCCCUCCUGUCGUAAAAACCCCCAAGGACUCUGCCAAGACAUCCUGUUUCGGGAAGAAAAAGAAGAAGACUGGUGAAGGAAUAGAGGUCUACUCCCCGGCCAUUGAUGCUCGAGCAGGUGCUGACCUCAAUGCUCCAAGUAUGAACGUCAGAGGGCCAAAUAUCGAUGCCAACGCUCCUCAACUAGAGGGAGAAGUUGAUCUUCGUGGACCUAAAGCUCACAUGAAGAAACCAAAGAAGUCAGGCGGUCUGAAUUGUUUGAAGAAGCCAAAGAAGCCUAAAGGAGGCAUAGAGAUGGAUACAAACAUCAGGGGGCCCCAGGCGAACAUUGAUGCAAGGGCUGGAGGAGAGCUCAGAGGACCUCGGGCAAACAUUGAAGCCCCACAUGUAGAGGGAGAUGUUGAUCUGCAUGGCCCUAACGUUCACAUGAAGAAACCGAAGAAAUCAGGCGGUCUGAAUUGUUUGAAGAAGCCAAAGAAACCCAAAGGAGGAAUAGAAAUGGACGUACCUGAUGUCAAAGGAAACGUUUCUGGUCCAAAAGUGCCUGAUGUUGAUGUCAAAGGUCCAAAGAUGAACGUGAAAGGUCCUGAGAUGCCAGAUGUACAUCUGAAAGGUCCUAAAGCUCCAUAUGUUGACAUGGAUGCUCCCAAAGUACCAACUGUAAACCUGAAAUCACCUGAUAUUGACAUUGACCAUCAGUAUGAAGAUAUGGAGUUCAAUCUAGAAGGCCCUAAAGCUAAGGGUGGUUUUAAGAUGCCCGAUCUCAACAUUGGAAAACCACAGAUGCCAGAUUUCAACUUAAAAGGUCCUAAAGUAAAAGGCCCAGAUGUGGACAUGGAUGCAAACAUAGAUGCUGAUGUUAACCUUCCUGAAGCUAAGGGCGGUUUUAAGAUGCCUGGUUUUAACAUUGGAAAACCAGAUUUCAAUCUGAAAGGUCCUAAAGUAAAGGGCCCAGAUGUUGACGUAGAUGCAAGUCUACCAUCUGCAGACAUUGAUGCAGAUGUUGACCUUCCUAAAGCUAAGGGUGGUUUCAAGAUGCCAGACAUGCCUGAUUUCAACUUGCCAUCUUUCAAAGGUCCUAAAGUAAAGGGCCCUGAUGUAGAUGUGGAUGCAAGUCUACCAUCUGCAGACAUUGAUGCUGAUGUUAACCUUCCUGAAGCUAAGGGCGGUUUCAAAAUGCCUGGUUUUAACAUCGAAAAGCCAGAUUUCAAUCUAAAAGGUCCUAAGGUAAAGGGCCCUGAUGUAGAUGUGGAUAUGGAUGCAGAGUUACCAUCUGCAGACAUAGAUGCUGAUGUUAACCUUCCAAAAGCUAAGGGUGGUUUCAAGAUGCCAGAUAUAGACAUGCCAGAUUUCAACUUGCCAUCUUUCAAAGGUCCUAAAGUAAAAGGCCCUGAUGUAGAUGUUGAUGCAGAGUUACCAUCUGCAGACAUAGAUGCUGAUGUUAACCUUCCAAAAGCUAAGGGUGGUUUCAAGAUGCCAGACAUGCCAGAUUUCAACUUGCCCUCUUUCAAAGGUCCUAAAGUAAAAGGCCCUGAUGUAGAUGUAGAUGUUGAUGCAGAGUUACCAUCUGCAGACAUAGAUGCUGAUGUUAACCUUCCUAAAGCCAAAGGUGGUUUUAAGAUGCCUGGUUUUAACAUGGGAAAACCAGACAUGCCAGAUUUCAAUCUCAAAGGCCCCAAAGUAAAGGGUCCAGAUGUUGAUGUAGAUGCCAGUCUACCAUCUGCUGACAUUGAUGCUGAUGUUGACCUUCCUAAAGCUAAGGGUGAUUUAGACUUGAAGGGUCAGAUGCCAGGUGUUAACGUGAAGGGUCCAAAGGGGAAUAUUGGUCUCCCUGAAGGUGGAGUGAACAUGAAGGCACCUGGUAUCGAAACAGAAUUACCACGAGGAAAAGCAGAUUUUGGCAUCAAGGGACCGCAUGGUCCACCGCUACAUGCUCAGGGCCCGUCGUUUGACGUUCAAGGCCCCAAGGCUCCCAGCAUGGAUGUAAAAGGACCUCGUGUCAAGGGAGGAGUGAGUCUUGACUCGCCGAAGGUUGAUGUGAAAGGAAGACCUCUAGAUGCUGAAAAAGGUGGCUGCUUUGGGGGUAAGAAGAAACCAACAGCAGGUGUUGAUGUAGACUUGAAGGGACCCAAUAUAAAGGGACCCAAUCUGAAGGGACCAAAACUGAAGGGACCAAAACUCACCACAGGAGAUGCCAGCUUCAGUAUGGACAACCCAGCCUUUGACUCAGACAUUCCAAGCCAGGUUAUUUCAUGGGAUGGAGUGAAGCUUGACCCUAAGGUGCUUGGAAAAGGAAAGUUUGGAGAGAUCAGGAAAGGAACAGUUAACAAGGAUGGAGCAAUGAAGCCAGCAGUCAUCAAGAUGUUAAAAGCCUCUGCCCCAGAGAAGGAUCGUAAUGACUUCAUCAGUGAGCUGGAUGAGAUGACCAGAGUGGGAGACCACCCCAACCUCAUCAACCUGAUCGGGGCAGGCCAGCAUGAUGGAAACAUGUUCAUGGCCCUUGAGCUGGCUAACCAGGGCACCCUGCGGAGUUACCUGCGGGACAGCCGGCUGCCCAGUGAUGGUCAGAUGUCCACCCUGUCCAGUCAGCAGCUGCUACAGUUCUCCAAGGACGUGGCUGAGGGAAUGCAGCAGAUAUCUAGAAAAGGGAUCAUCCACAGAGAUUUGUCUGCCAAGAAUGUUCUUGUGAUGGAGGAGGGCAGCAGACCAGUCUGUAAAGUGUCUGACUACGGACUGCCCAGGAUGGUCAAGGCAGAGAAGAGACGUGUCCCAAAUCGGUGGAUGGCUCCAGAGUCGUUGACAAACAACACCUACACCACCAAGACUGAUGUAUGGUCAUAUGGGGUUGUCCUUUGGGAGAUCACAACACUGGGAGGAACUCCCUACAGUGAGCUGGAGAGUGAGGAGUUGACCAGCAUGAUCCCUGCUGGCUACAAGUUAAAACAGCCAGACAACUGCCAUGAUCAUAUGUACAUCCUGAUGAGGCAGUGUUUCCGUGACGACCCUGAGACACGCCCGACCUUCCCCCAGCUGGCCGAGACCCUGAAGGAAAUGGAGGCCAACAGCAAUGAAAUUUACAUCGAUGUCCAGGCAGAAGAUGGUUUUGAGUAUGAGCCAGCAGAACCGCAUAAGGAUGACGACUAGACAGCUUCACAAGCCAUGCCUGGAGGAUUCCACCUGUUAACUUAUCCACAGCACCUCCUGGUGACUAUUUACUGCAUUGCAUGAACCAUGACCUUCAGAGACUUCCAGAAAAUUAUUAAAGAAGACAGGUGGUUGAUAUAGACAGGAAUAUUAUUGCUUAGGUUUAUUGCUCAGCUAUGAUGUAAAAACUCCUACAAGUGCUUUCAUAAUAUGUUAGAGGCACAUAAGAUGAGUUAGAAGGAAUUGGUAGAUAUCCCUAAAUUCCAGAUAUUGCUGAGGCAUGUAAUUAAUCAUGUAAUAUCAUUAUUUAGUCUGGUUUAUAAGUAGAGACAUAUUUAUACAUGUAACGUUAUUCAUAAGAUGAGUUUGGAAUUUGGUGAUUAAUACAAAAUUGUCUAUAGUGUAUAAGUUUGCAUCUAGAUUAUCUAUGCACAAAACAACUUGAAAUUACAUGUAUAAUUCAUAUCUAUUCAGAAUCAUGCCAUGUAUUAAAAUGUGCCAAUGCUUGGUCAUCAGCAUAAUUAUGGUCUGUCUUUAGAUUUCAACAUGACAGUCAACAUUUCUGAUGUUUCUGUACUUAUUUUGAUAAUUGUAACAGGUACAUUGAAAGUGCACUGCGAAAUAGGGGAGAAAGAAUUUUGCUUCACAAUAAUGAUAUUAUAUACAAUGUAUGGUAUAGUACAAACUAUUUUGAAAUACUUAAGAUCAUGAAAGCUAUAGUUAACUGCAUAUAUAUUAAUGAAGAAAUUAGAAAGAUAAGUAUGGAAAUACAGUACAUUUUAAUUAUACAUAUCUUAAUUGUAGUACAUACUUUUUUAGACAGAUAGUAUAAUGUAUAUAUACAUGUAUCGAAUGACUAAAUAAUAGUACAUUGAAAAACUCACUAUCUGAAUGGGGUUAAAGGUGAUAGUAAAGUUUGUGUCAGUUUUCAUUAUAUGUAGAACAUGAUGAGCUCAGUGUUUUUCAAUAGGCUACAACUUCUUUUUGGCCAAGUUGUAUUAUCUUAGCUACUAUUCUAUUAGUUGAUUUGGAUAUCUAUGAAGUGGUGCUACAGCUAACAUUACGUUAAUUAAUGUAAAAUUGUACUAAUUUGCUGUAGUUGAAAACUUUUGGCAAGAUAUCUGGGUAUCAACUAAUGUUCAUCAAGUUCUAAUACAUAUUUGUUUAAUUGUAUCAUCUCUGUAUUUUAUUUGGUUGGAAACAUUCAAUAUAUUCAACUAGUGUAUGAAAUUUGUGAAGAUAGAGAAAAGUAGAAUGUAACAGUGUCUUACUUAGCAGGCCGUUAUAAAUGGUAAU